GUGCGGCGCUGUGAUACACGCAUCGCAUGCCUCCCUCUCCCCCCUCAGCCCAGGCUCUGCUCUUCAGGCUGCAAUUAGGAGAGGAGAGGGACUAUAACAGGAAACGUGACCAGGGGAACUGGGCUGAUCUCUGUGGCCACUGUGCUGGCCUGGAAGUUCUUAGUGCUCCCCUCUGAGAAGAGAAUCUGACAGGUCCACAGCCAACAGCUAACAUUACUAAUGCUCUUUCACCCAGGAUCUACCUGUGACUUAUACCUGUCUCAUACGCAUUGGACGAGCUAAAAAGCAGGAGUUCAGAAAAUAAUUAAUCUCUGAUGAUGAGACAGUCUGCAUGGAGGCAGAUGACGGCACCAGAGCUGUGGAUGGGUCUCUUUGCCUUGGCCCUGACCCUCAGUCUAACCAUGGCUGAACAUAUGGAUCAGAGGCCAGCACUCCAAACCAGCCCAGUUCUCCACAGGCACAAGAGAGAGUGGUUGUGGAACAACCUUUACGUGGAGGAGGAAAGGCCAACCUACUUCCAAUACUAUCUUGGAAAGUUAAAGUCAACGAAGUCUGGUGACAGGACACACUAUGUCAUUGAGGGAGAAGGUGCCAACACAAUCUUCAAAGUGGAUGAAAAAGGAGACAUCUUUGUCACUGAACGAUUGGAUCGAGAGGUGAAAAGCAAAUACCAUCUAAGUGCAAAGCUGGUUGAUGCCAGCAACAAAUUGGUGGAGAAAGUGGAAGACUUUGUGAUCCUGGUUACUGACAUCAAUGACAAUGAUCCAGUGUUUACUAAAUCGUUCAACGCUUCUAUCAAAGAGAGAUCCAAAAGAGGAACUAAAGUGAUAGAAGUCACUGCCACUGAUGCAGAUGAUCCAACGACUGCAAAUGGAGAACUUGAUUACAAAUUAUUAGAGGGGGGAGAUUUCUUCAAUAUAGACAGCACAACGGGGAUUAUCACCACCAAAUAUGAGAACCUGGACCGUGAGACCCAGAGUAGCUAUGUGGUUGUGGUUCAAGCCCAGGAUCUGAGAGGAAUUAAACAAGGGGGCACCGCCACCACCUCUGUCAGCAUCGCAGUCAGCGACAUCAAUGAUAACAUAGCCACAUUUACCAAAAGUUCCUAUGUAUUUAGAGUGAAAGAGGACAUGAAGCGGGGACAGAGAAUAGACACCAUGGUCCUGGAGGACAGAGAUGAGAUCCAGAAUAAAGACCCCAUCUUCACCAUAGCACCUUCAUCUGACAUUUUUGAAAUGGAGCGCAGUCAGAUCAAAGACGGCAACCUCAUGCUGAAAAAGGGACUGGAUUAUGAAACCAAGAGCAGCUACACAUUCUUUGUGCACGUGAGGGAGAACCACUUGCAGUCCCCUGCGGAUAAUAAGGACAAUCCUUUGAUCAAGGCCCAGGUGACCAUCCAGGUGCUAGAUGUUGAUGAGCAGCCAGAAUUCAGCAAGAGCAUCUACAACUUUAAUGUCAUAGAGGAAAUGAUGGUCAAUAAUAUUGGAGUCGUUUCAGCCAGAGAUCCUGAUCAAGCCAACAAGGCCAUACGGUAUUCCAUUGAGGACAAGGACAGUCCCAUUGGUAUCAACCCCAUAACUGGACAACUUUUCACAGUGAGGAAGCUGGAUCGGGAGUUAGUAGCCAAUCACAUGUUCCAGGUUAAAGCUAAGGAGGAACCAAAUGGACUGGAAUCUUUUGUGAACGUCAACAUACUGGUCAUUGAUAUUAAUGACAACAAACCAGAGCUGUCCAUUGAAGAGAUAUUUGUUUGUGAAAAUGAUAUGGCUGGAACGGUGAUUGGGACCAUAAGUGCCACAGACAAAGAUGAUCAUUUGCCCGCAUUCAGCUUCACGUUGGUGAAGCCGAACGGCAACUUUUCAGUCAUCGAUAACAACGACAACACAUCUAACAUAGUGCUGAAACAUGGAGGCUUCAGCCUGGAGGACUCCAGGGAUUAUGUAAUAGAAAUUGGGAUCAGCGAUGGAGGCAGGCCUCCCAUGAGCAGCAUCACCUCUCUGCCUAUCAAAGUGUGCAGGUGUGACAACAAGAGGAUCCACACCCAGUGCAAAGCAGCCCAACUCAAAAUGGGUGUCAGUGUCCACGCCCUUAUUGUUAUACUGGUGUGCAUCCUCACUAUUCUGGUCAUAGUGAUCCUGAUCGCUAUGAGAAAACGUCACCAGAAGGAUGCCCUGGUCACUCUGGGUAAGAGUGAGAUCCACGAGCAGCUAGUGACGUACGACGAGGAGGGCGGUGGGGAGAUGGACACCAACGGCUACGACGUGUCCAUCCUGACUUCAGCUCGGAAUGACGGCAGCAUGAGCAUGAGGCAGGGCCCCAGCCUUUACGCCAUGGUGAAGAAACCGCCAACCGCGUGCAAGGGAGACAUGGCCGUGAUGAUCGAGGUGAAGAAAGACGAGGCUGACCAUGACAGGGAUGAGAUCCCCUACGAUACCCUGCACAUCUAUGGCUACGAGGGGCCAGAGUCCCUGGCUGGUAGCCUCAGUUCCCUGGAUAGUUCCUCCACUGGCUCUAACCUUGACUAUGACUUCUUAAACGACUGGGGCCCUCGCUUCAGAACCCUGGCUGAGCUCUACGGGGUGGAUGGGUCUGAGGGAAGUGACUCCCCGUAUUGAGCACACUGAGCCUAAAGACCAGCAGGCAGGAUGUCUCUCAGCUCUCUCAGCUCUUCCUUUGACUAAAAGCACAUCGGGAUUAACUUCUUCCACUAAUCCGUCCAAUCAUAGCACACUAUGAUAGGGUCCACUCAAGCGUGUGCCAAUUUUAAGUAAUUCUCUCUUCUUCUCAUUCUUUUUCCUCUUCUUCUACCUCUUGUUCCUCCUACUCUUACUUCUCCUUUUUCCACUCUUUUCCCUUGUUAUUAUUAUUAUUCUAUUAUUAUUUUAAAGAAAUAGUGCUUUUAUUUCCUUUUCUUUCAUUUUAUUUGUUUCUGUCACGUGCAUAUGACGACAAAGGGAAAUAGAUUUGGUGUAAAGAAAACCGUUAACAUUCCACAACUGUGCUUCAUUUAUUUGUUUUACAUUUAUUUGAGGUUUCAGAGGAGAUUAAGAAAAUGUUUGAUUUUUUGUCCGAUUACUCUUACAGAAAUCUGUAUUCCUUCAUUUUGAUUGAUUGUGUUUUUUUAUGGUUGACUAAACCAACUGUAGCUAUGUAGAGAGGGUGGGUCAUUCAGUGAGUCACAGUGGCAGUUGUCUUUCAGACAGAAUUACCCUUCUCACCAAGAGCUACUAUUGUCCAGGGAGCCCGGCAGGAAACAAUGAUAACAGAAGCUCUGAAAUAAUUAAAGUCUUUCCCCGUGUAUUUGACAGGACUCAUCCAACACAUCAAUUGUUGUGGAUAAAGUCCAAGUCUCUGAGGUCCACUGUAACAAAAGUAUUACAACCAACUCAGGAAAUGUGAAGUAGCUCAAUAGUCCUUUGGAUGACCACAAAGUUAUCUGAAUAACUUUAACCUUUCAUCCUAGAGCUACUGCUUCAACAUUCCGCUUCAACAUACUGCUUCAACAUACUGCUUCAAUAUUCUUCUUCAACAACUGCUUCAACAUACUGCUUCAACAUAUUGCUUCAACAUACUGCUUCAACAUACUGCUUCAACAUACUGCUUCAACAUAUUGCUUCAACAUACUGCUUCAACAUACUGCUUCAACAUACUGCUUCAACAUACUGCUUCAAUAUUCUUCUUCAACAACUGCUUCAACAUACUGCUUCAACAUAUUGCUUCAACAUACUGCUUCAACAUACUGCUUCAAUAUUCUUCUUCAACAACUGCUUCAACAUAUUGCUUCAACAUAUUGCUUCAACAUAUUGCUUCAACAUACUGCUUCAACAUACUGCUUCAACAUAUUUCUUCAACAUACUGCUUCAACAUACUGCUUCAACAUAUUGCUUCAACAUACUGCUUCAACACAUUGCUUCAACAUACUGCUUCAACAUACUGCUUCAAUAUUCUUCUUCAACAUAUUGCUUCAACAUACUACUUCAACAUACUGCUUCAAUAUUCUUCUUUAACAUACUUCUUCAACAUACUGCUUCAACAUACUGCUUUAACAUACUGCUUCAAUAUUCUACUUCAACAUAGUGCUUCUGCUCCAUUUGCUGAAACAGCUUAAAAUAAUGAGGGCAAUCUACACAAGAUCAAGUUUAUCAUUAUCAUUAAGUUUAUAUAUUGUCCUUCUUGACUGAAGACAUAGCAAAAAGAGAGCAAAGGUUUACCCCUGCUUUCAUUAUAUUCCAUUUGAUUUAGAAUGUGGACUGUUUGUUGUAUACUGAAGCUUUGCCUACAUGGGACCACUUCUCAUAAACCAUGGAUACAAUAUGUGGAAGCCAUCUUACCACUUCCCUGUCUGGAUCAUAUACAUGGAGAGCUGGACCCCCAUCCUUUUUAAACACCAGAGUCCGCCCCUACACAUUACCCAAACAAAACACUGGAAUCUGCUUCCUGCACAUAUGUGUGUGAGGAAGCACUCUUCCUGUCCCGUUAUCUUUUAAAGUAAAGCAACACAUUGCGUCCCGUUUUCCUGUUUUCCUGCCUGGGAAAAACCUCUGGAGAGGGCAAAAUAGAUAUAGAACAAUGUAAGAGCCAUGAUGGCUUUAACAACAAGCAACAUUUAAUUUCUGUGUUGACCAUCUACCAAAGAUCAGUAUGGUGAAACCUCGGCAUACAAUAGAUGCCACUGGUAAACUGUGCUGUAAUGUUGUGUCUCUAGUACUCCAUUUCUAUAUAACAUACCUGAUCUACUUCGUUCCGUGCUAUUAAUGAUCAUUGUAUGCGCACAACUCUAUUCUAUUUCACAAGCUCUUACUGUUAGUGGUGCUCUUCUGUAAACCUUACGGCAAUAAGUAACUUGGCAAUACGGGAUCCAUGUUAUCGAGAUUGUGAGUACUGGAAAUAUAGUUGUCUACACUGUAUAUAGAAACGUGCCUGAAUAUUGAUACUGGCCUCACUUCCUUUUGCGUUUUUUCAAAAUUAUUUUACUUGACAUUGGUCUUUGUCUGCUGAGUGUAAGUGUAAAAUAUGUCGUUUUUUUUUUUACACUUGUAGUUUAAUUGAUGUGUAAUUGUGCAUUGAUUGAUGCUGUAUGUGUGUGUGAGUCUACCUGUGUAAAUACACUUCAGUGGGUGUCAGUAUUGGGCACCAAAAGAAGAAGAGAAAACAUUCAAAUGCAUUCCUUUUGUAUGCAGCUAGGUCAUUCUGUAGGAGAGCAAUAUGUGCCUUGGAUUAUGAUCAUUCUCUCGAUGGUGAACACAAUAUUUUCUAUGGUUUGUAUCGUGUAAAACAACAACUUUUUAUUUAGUACCAAUUUUGUAUGUGUAAAAUAAACGUAGCACUCAAAAGUCCAAAAA